AUGUCCUAUGAUCGAAAAACACGAUACACCAUAGCAUCGCGACCAAGCACAUCAAAAUUUAACGGUGAAAAUGGAAACAGCUCGCCUCAAGCAAUAUUGUUGCAACGACCGCAAACCUCGAGAGUAUCAAACGUCGAGUGUCCCUGUUGUCGUAGAUUUUAUUCAGAGCAUUCAAUAGAAAUUCAUCUCAAGGUCUGUUCUCCGCGUAAAGCUGAGGAGGAGAGACGCAAAAAAGAGCUGGAACAACACUUGGAAAGGCUAAGUAGAAAACCGUGUAGACCUCCUGGCCACCCAUGCUAUAUAUGUGGGGGCCGUUAUUUAAGUAGCUCCUGGGACUAUCAUGAGACCAGGUGUACAGAACGAUGGCAUGCCUGGAAUGAGCUUCUUCCGAAGGAUUUAAAACAUCACGAGGGAAUCUUCAAACCUGACACGUCUGAAAAGGCCAUUACAGAUGUCUGGGAGAAAGAAAGGAACGCAGGAAAGCCCGAGUUUACUAAACUCGAUGCUCUAGAUAAGAUCUUUCUUGAUGCGAGUCUUGUAAACUCUCUGCCUGAAUAA